UGCCUCUUGCUGGGCAUCUCCCUGGCUGCCCUCCUGGGCAACGGCCUCAUCAUCAGCACCGUAGCCUGCGGCCACCACCUGCACACGCCCAUGUUCUUCUUCCUGCUCAACCUGGCCCUCGCUGACCUGGGCUCCAUCUGCACCACUGUCCCCAAAGCCAUGCACAAUUCCCUCUGGGACACCAGCACCAUCUCCUACACAGGAUGUGCUGCUCAGCUCUUUUUCUUUCUCUUCUUCAUCUCAGCAGAGUAUUUCCUCCUGACCAUCAUGUGUUACGACCGCUACGUGUCCAUCUGCAAGCCCCUGCACUACGGGACCCUCCUGGGCAGCAGAGCUUGUGCCCACAUGGCAGCAGCCGCCUGGGCCAGUGCCUUUCUCUACUCAUUGCUCCACACAGCCAAUACAUUUUCCCUGCCCUUGUGCCAUGGCAAUGCCCUGGGCCAGUUCUUCUGCGAAAUCCCUCAGAUCCUAAAGAUCUCCUGCUCAAAUUCCUACGUUAGGGAACACUUUCCUCUUAUGGGUAGUGCUUUUCUGUUAUUUGGUUGCUUUGUGUUCAUUGUUUUCUCGUAUGUGCAGAUCUUCAGGGUCAUGAUGAGGAUCCCCUCUGAGCAGGGACGACACAAAGCUUUUUCCACCUGCCUCCCUCACCUGGCCGUGGUCUCUCUGUUUAUAAGCACCUCAUUUUCUACAUACCUGAAACCUCUCUCCAUCUCCUCCCAAUCCCUGGAUCUGACCCUUUCAGUUCUGUACUCGGUGGUGCCUCCAACCCUGAACCCCCUCAUCUACAGCCUGAGGAACCAGGAGCUCAAGGCUGCAGUGAGGAGAAUGAUGACUGGAUGGUUUCGGAAACAUUAAACUGCUGGCCAAUUUCUGCAAAUUGCAUGUAAUAGAAUUAAUUUUUCAUAAUUCUUGUUGGUUACAUUUUGGAAGUCCUUUUU